AUGGCGUCCAACGGCAGUAACAGGGGCGGUGGUGGUGGUGGUGGGCGAGGCGCGUCCAACUCGGGCUUCCGCGGCAAUCAUGCUGGAGGUCGCGGCGGCGGAACAGCGGCCAACAGGGGCGGCGCUGGCGCUCCUCCGCAGGCAUCCAGAUGGGGAAAUGGACCUCCCUCUGCCAACCACAAUAGCGCAUCUACCAACAACUCGGCUUCUCACGGUCAGCAGAACCAUGCCAAGGGCAACAAUCAGCGCAACGCUACUCCCAAUGCCAACAAGGUCAGCACCGCCAACAGCACCGCCGCACCAACCCCCGCGUUCCCGUCCCUGGGUGUGUCGUCGACUCAGGACGACUCGCAGAAGCUUAUGCACGACCGCAUCACGUUCUUGCUCGUGACGCUCGUCGGCAAUCCGGUCACCGUCACCGUCAAGAAUGGAUACAAGUUCUUCGGCAUCUUCUCGGCUGCCAACACUGAAGGCGGAGAGCUAUCAGUCGCUCUCGCAUCGGCGCAGCAGAUCCUUCCCGCCAAGGACAAGGACGCCCAGCCUGAGCUCGGCGAAUUCAAGGCGACCCUGCUGAUCAACUACAAGGACCUCGAGACCAUUGAAGCCGCCGAGGUCAGGAUGCAGGAGCAGGCCAAGGAGAUGCGCGAGGCACGCGAAAAGGAAGCCUUCCGCACCGACACAGAGAUCUCCAGACCUUUCGAUCCUCUCGCCAGCGGUCGAACGCUCCAGAAAUGGGCUGACGACCCUGAUCUUGACGAUCUGGACAACCUCAGCAGCAACAAGCUGCCAGCCUGGGCAUCGCCCAACGACGCUGGCGCUGGUUUGGAAGACACGUCCAACUCGAAUGCGGGCAAGGCGUGGGACCAAUUUGCUGCCAAUGAGGCGCGCUUCGGCAUCAAGUCCAAUUACGAAGAGAACCUCUACACCACCAAGCUUGAUCGCAGCGGCAAGGACUUCCGCAACCGUGAGCGAGAAGCCGAUCGUAUUGCCCGCGAGAUCAUGGGUCAGGCCACCAACAACCCGCACUUGGCUGAGGAGCGAGGUCAGGCCGACGACUCGGGCGUAAACGAGGAAGACAAGUACGGUGCUGUCGUUCGCAGUCCCAACGCGUACGUGCCGCCGGCGCUUCGCAAGCAGAUGGCUGCCGCUGGUGGUGCUGCUGGUGGCAGCGGCGGCAAGAAGGUUCCCGCACCAACGACAGCCUCUCCCGCACCGUCGCAGGCGCCAGCUACCCCCAAGGCAAACGGCGCUGCACGUCUCACUGCUGCAUUAAACGCGAAUGCCUCCGCUGCUGCUCCCCCCGCCUCGACCGAAACGACCACCGCCGCGCCCUUGUCCGUCGCCGCCAACCCUCCCGUCGUCCAUGUCAAGGUGCCGAGCCCCAGCGUCCCGCAAGAAGCACAAAUCACCGACGCUUCUGGCAAGAAGUCCUCGGUCGACGCUGCCAACCCGCUCAUGGGCGAUUUCCGCUCCUUUGUCAGCUCGGAACGCGAGCGUCUCGAGAAGAAGAAGGCUGCUCUCGCCAAGAAGGAGAAGGAUACGCGCCUCGCCGAUCUCAAGUCAUGGGCCAGCACCUUUAAGCUCACCACGCCCGUGCCCUCGGACGUCGCGGGCAUGGUGCAGAAGGACAAGGAUGACGGCGCGUCCGACAAGCCUCGCGAUCCAAGUCUGCAAAAGAGUCUCAGCCCCACGCCCGCUCACUCGACAGCAACGCCCACGUCCAAAGGGGACGUCAGCAGGUCGUCGGCCGUCUCGCGUGCUGCUCAGGCAUCUGCAUCCAACGUGGUCAGCCCAUCGGGUGGUUCGGGAUCCGCGCAGGUCAACAGCGACGCUCAGAAGCUCGCCGACAGCAAAGCCAUGCUGCAAAAGAUGACCAUUCCCAAGAUUCCGCCGUUCAAUCCGGACAAGUUCAAGGCACGACAGGCAGCAGCAGUGGCUGGUCCCACCACCGAUACAGCUUCGGGUGCGCCAGCGACCAAGACAGAAGGCGGCAUGCCGUCCUCUGUGAGCACGUCUAGCUUCAAGCUGAGCGCCAAGGCGAGCAGCUUCAAGCCGUUCAACCCGAACGCGGCCAGCUUCACUCCAGGGGGCGCAUCCAGCACCUUUACACCCGCAUCCGCUGCCGCUGGAGCUCCUGCUGGUUCGGCUGCAGGUGCCGCCGCUGUCAGCCCCGCGCAGACCACUGCUGCUGCUGUGCCAUCCACCUCGGCCCGUCCUUCGCUGACCUCGACGCCGCAGGCAGCUUCGACCUCGGCAGCUGCGUCUGCCAAUCCGUUCUUUGGCAAUCGCGUCAUCAAAAAGUCGGACAACGUCCACAUCCGGGAGGACUUUAACCCAUUCAAGGUCAGCAAGGUGCCCGAUGCCAAGUCGGUCGGACCCAUGUGGGCUUUCAGUGGCAAGCCGUACCGCCAGCACUUUGUCGCUCCCCCGGCAGGUGGCGCUAUGGACGACGGCACCGGCUUGUUCGUCCCUGCCCACGCCGGCGUGAUGCAGCCUGGCAUGCAUCCUGGAGCGCAGACCCCGCAGCCGGUGCCUCAGCCUCUUCACCCUGGCCAGAUGCCCAUGUCAGCACCGCAAGGCGGAAUGGUGGGGGCUCCCGGACCUGGACCCGCUGGCCCUGGUCCGCAGCAACAGCCCUUUGGCAUGGUGUAUCAGCCGUACGGUGGCGGCCCGUAUCAAUACCCCGGCGGUCAGCCUCAGCAAGGCGGCAUGCCACACGGACGCCAGCCGAGCAUGGUGCAAGCGAUGCCGAUGGCACCCUCGAUGCAGGGCGGUCCCGUCCCCUAUGGCGCCAUGCCUCAGCAGUUCAUGGGUCAGAUGCCCUUCUCGCCGCCCAUGCACCAGCACGGCGCACCGCAAAACAUGUACAGCCCGCAGAUGGGCAACGUACCUCCCUCGGCGGGGCAGCAGCAGUUCAUGCCCAUGCCUCCUCCGCCCGGUGCAGCGGGCGCUGGUCCUCGACCGCCGCCGCCGCACUUGCAGCAAAAGGGACCCCCACCGCCGCAGGCGGGACAGCCACCUCACAUGGGCUACUACCCCGGCCCAGGGAUGCAGUUCGCCGGCGGCCCGGGUCCUCACUUCGGCGGCCCACAGGGACCACCCAGACAGGGAGCACCAGCCGAGUCGGGCCCUGCAUCCAGCGCUGCUUCCUCCACAGCUUGA